CAACCGUGAGCAUCGCGCAAAAGCAGGGUUUACCCCAUUCUUGGCACUCAUCACUCGCACUUCCCCCGCAAACAGAAAAUCUCAUAGCUCUCGCCAAUGCUGUUUUUCCGCGAACCUCACUUGAACCCCUCCUCUGAUAUCCCUAAAGAAAGCUGCUAAUUGCGAUAGCGACAACGAGAAGAGGGAAAAAAUAAUCUGGGAUCAGAAUGUCUGAGAAAGUGGUUGUGGUUACUGGGGGGACGGGACAGUUGGGAAGGCAGUGUGUUAAAGCCUUUGAAGGAGCUAAGUGGAAGACCAUCGGGACUGGGUAUUCCAGAGCAAAUCCUCCAGCGAUUUUGAAGGUGGAUUUGGGGAAUGCAGGUGAGGUCGCUGGGUUGUUGGAGGAGGUGAAGCCCAAGGUGGUGGUUCACUGUGCCGCAGAACGCUUCCCGGACAAGUGCGACGCAGACCCCGAGGGAGUCAAACGCCUGAACGUUCAAGCAUCAAACAGCCUCGCCCAGGAAUGUGCAAAUCGUGACAUAAUCCUAAUCUACAUAUCCACCGACUACGUUUUCGACGGGAAACCCGGUGCAGCUCCGUACGAGGCUGAUGCCGCGACUAAUCCGGCUAACUUCUACGGAGAGACCAAGUUGGCUGGCGAACAAGCAGUCCUAAGCGCAUGGAGGAAGAGUGUGGUGUUUAGGAUUCCAGUAUUGUACGGUGAGGUUGAGGAGAGCAAGGAGAGUGCGGUUAAUGUGCUCCUUGAUAUGGUUUUGAAUAAGGCUGGGAAAGAGAGAGUUGAGAUGGAUCAUUGGUCCAUUCGGUAUCCUACAAAUACGUCUGAUGUAGCGCGUGUUCUCAAGGACGUGGCUGAGAGAUAUACGUCAGCAGACGAUAUCGAUUCCCUUCCUAAGGUCUUGCAGUUCAGCUCCGAGGACCGCAUGACAAAGUACGAAAUCUGCCAAAAGCUCUCUGAGAUUGCCGGACUCUCAAUCAACCACAUAGUCGGAAACGACAAAAACCAUCCUAGUGUAGCUGUGAUGAGACCUUACGACUGCCAUCUGUCUACCAAGGCUCUUAAAGAGCUCAAUAUUUCAGUUGAUACUAUCCCUUUCGGUGUUUGGUGGCAACGUCACUUGCGUGCCUUCAAGCAUUAAGCUUUGCCAAAGAAACACCCGAAGUGCGUUCCAGAGGGUAGGAGACUACAUCUGGAGUUCUCGGUAUAAAGAGCAAAAACUAUUUACUCUUUGCUUUUAGGAUCAAAGAAAAGAUAAAAUGUUCGUGUAUACGUGGUACCAUGAAAAACAGACCACUCCUAGUUUUGGACCACCUUGGUGCUUCUAUCAAACCUCAACAAAAAAAAAAAAAUUUCCAUUUA